CUUAAAUAAAAACAGAAAAUAGUAAAAGAGUGUUGAAACUUAUCUGAACCGUCUACAAGUGUUGUUUUGGUUAUUUUGGGUAUGAGACAAUUUCAGUUUGUUGAAGUUUGGUGGUGUUUUUGUCUUCUAAAACAGAAUACAUAGUUCAGUUCUUUGAACUUUCUUGUGUUUAUCAUCCAUUUGUAAAGAAUAUUCCUGAACAAUAUAUAUAUGUAAGAAUAUUGCCAUUCAAAAUCCUUAUAUAUACAGGUACUUAUAUAAGUUUAUUAUAUAUACAGUUCGUUUGAUGUGAGAGUGAGUAUUUUAAUUAGUUAAAGUUUAGUAAUUAAGAGUCGCUUUCUUCAGAUUUGGUAGUACUAUUUAUUUUUUUGGAUAUAUAAAUUCCAAAACCUCAGAUAGUUUAUGUUGCAAAAACCACUUCAAGAUCCUAGUGGGGAGAGAAAUUAAAGACCAUUUUUCUCUUGUUAAAAAUCCAGAAAACAAGAAUGAAAAGAGAGUUACAGCAGCUUUAUGGUUAUAAUAAUAAUCAAGAAAUGCAUGGAUUUGAGAAUAUUAAUAUGGUGACAGUAGAUGAUGAUAUUCAAAGGCAACACCAACAGCAGCAGCAGCAGCAGACAACUGGUUUUGAUCCAAUUGAUAAUACAGAUAUUUGGCUCAAUAAUGGAAAUGAAGAGCAACAUCAUUUUAAUGUCAAUGAUACUAAUUACAUUAAUUUCUCUACUGAUUUUCCUCCUCUUCCUGAUUUUCCAUGCAUGUCAUCUUCCUCGUCAACUUCUAAUUCCCCUCCUACAGAUUCUUCAUCUUCUACUCAAGCUGAAGAAGAUCAUUUCCACAAAAAAAUCCAAUUUGAUAACACAGUUAAUGGCGACCAAGAUUCUUUAAAUGUGAUAGAAAAUCUUGGAUAUAUGGAUUUAAUUGAUGGAAAUCAUGAUUUUCUUGAUCCUAUGAGCUCUUUUUUCCAAAGCGAAAAUCCACAAAAACACAACCAAAACCAACAACAACAAGAAGGGGAAGUUCAGUUUGAAAAUGAGCAGCUUUCUAUAUUUCAAGGGGAUAGUGAGCUUGCAGUUAUGUUCUUUGAAUGGCUAAAGCAAAACAAAGACUACAUUUCUGCUGAAGAUAUGAGGAGUAUUAAGCUCAAACGUUCAACAAUUGAAAGCGCUUCGAAACGAUUGGGAAGUACAAAAGAAGGUAAAAAACAGUUGUUGAGACUCAUUCUUGAUUGGGUUGAACAACACCGAUUGCAAAAGAAUCAAAUGAGUGAAGCUGUAGCAAAUCAAGAAAAUUUCCAGAAUUCUGCCCCUAACUCCAAUUUCCAUUAUAAUACAGUUGGAACUGAUCCAAAUGCUUGCUUUUAUCCGUCACCUUGGAUGGCAACUCCUUCUUAUAACGUCACUAAUUUCCCUGAUUCAACCCCAGUAAUGGCGGGGCAGAUACCGGGGUACAUUGGUGAUCCUUACUCCAACGGAUCGUUAUUUGCGUCUCAUUUUAAUCAAACAAUGAGUGGAAGUGCAAGUUCACCGGCUUCAACAGAAUAUCAACACAUGGACUUUACUCAAUCGUGGUUGCCAUCGCAAUUUGCUGUGGCGGCUGCUUCUCAGUAUAACCAAUUUCCUGACAAUAGUGAUAGUGCUAAUAAUGUUGCUGUUGUUGAUCAGCCUCAAUCUUUACUUGGUACGCAAUAUCCGUACCAACUUUUAGAUGGGAAUGGUGAGAGAUUGGCAAGGUUGGGAUCUAAAGAGGCUAGGAAGAACAGAAUGGCUAGGCAGAGACGAUUACCGUUGCACCAUUAUCGUCACCAAACUCAGAAUCUAAGACAAUGUAAUGACCAAAGUGUAAUUAUGUGUAGAGAGAAUUGUGCAAUAGAUACAGGUAACAGUCCAGGAAAUUGGGUAUAUUGGCCUUCUGCUUCUGCUGCGCCAGUGAUGAUGGUUCCACAGGCUGAUUCUCCACAAUCACAUUCGACCAAGAGGCCAGCUCUGCGAUCGCAAAACCAUCAGAAGCAUAGUUCGGCAGACAAAAGACAGGCUUGCAAAACAGAGAAGAAUCUAAAAUUUCUCCUACAAAAAGUGCUGAAGCAAAGUGAUGUUGGCAAUCUUGGAAGAAUUGUGUUGCCGAAGAGAGAAGCAGAAACUCAUCUCCCACAACUCGAAUCAAGAGAUGGAAUUUCAAUUGCGAUGGAAGACAUUGGAACUUCUUGUGUUUGGAACAUGAAAUAUAGAUUUUGGCCAAAUAACAAAAGCAGGAUGUACCUUCUUGAGAACACAGGCGACUUUGUUCGAGCUAAUGGACUUCAAGAAGGUGAUUUCAUUGUGAUAUACGCUGACAUAAAGUGUGGCAAAUAUUUGAUACGAGGAAUAAAAGUGAGGCAGAAUGGACCAAAAUCAGAAGGCAAGAAACCAGCAAAGAAAAACCUUCGUAAUUUGUCAUCUACAGCUGCUUCUAUUAGCUCUCCAGUUGCACAAGCAGUUAGAUAGUUGAUGCAGCAUAAGAGAAAUUAAUUUUCAAUAAGGUUAGAAGUUGGUUUUAAAUCUUAUUUACAAAUUAGUAUCAUUUUGUAAAUUAAACUUACUCUAUAGAUGACCGUGACGCGUGCAAAGAGUUCAUUCAUUGCCUUGAUUCUGGAUUUGGCCAAGUGCUGUAGACACGUUUAAGGGGUUCCUAGUUGUUACUCAGGACUACUGUCUAAUGUAGAGAAUUGUAAUCUGAGUGUGUUGUAAGUCCAUUUUCUGGGUUUUUAGGCAAAUGUAAUGACCAUCAUUUGUAAUCUAGUUUAAGUUAAUAUA